GUUGUCCCUUAAAGGUUUAAGCUCCACCACGAAACACCAAUCCUCAAUACACACAAAAUUCUGUUCAGUUUCACCCGCUAAACAACGUCACCUAAGAGAUCUACUUCAAAACACAACCAAAAUCUUAAAUUUCUUGGAACCCUUUUAAUUGUUUUUUUUCUUUAAAAAAAUCAUUUUCCUUUAAACUUCAAUUUUAGAGUUCUCUCUCUGAUUCAUCCCCAGCAAUGGCUUGUGCAUUGCAAGCAACCUUAGCAGCCAACGCCUAUGUCUUUUCUUCCAGGAGAUUCUCCUUGAAGCUCCAAAAGAACAGUAAGAGAAGGUUUUCUUUGUUCACUGUUAGAGUUGAUUCUGAUGAAUCUGAUUGCAAUGAGGAAGAAUGUGCCCCGGAUAAGGAAGUAGGGAAGGUCAGUGUGGAAUGGUUAGCUGGGGAGAAGACGAAAGUAGUGGGUACAUUCCCACCUCGUCGUAAGCCGGGUUGGACUGGCUAUGUUGAGAAGGACACUGCUGGGCAGACCAACAUAUAUUCAGUUGAGCCAGCAGUUUAUGUGGCAGAAAGUGCUAUAAGUUCAGGAACUGCUGGCUCUUCUUCUGAUGGAGUUGAAAACACAGCUGCAAUUGUCACAGGCCUUGCUCUGAUCUCGAUUGCAGCAGCAUCGUCAAUACUGCUACAAGUUGGUAAGAACGCUCCUCCUCAGAUCCAGACGGCUGAAUACUCUGGACCAUCACUUAGUUACUACAUCAACCAGUUCAAGCCACUGGAAAUUACUGAAGUGUCCGUGCCUAGUGAGGCAGAACUAUCGUCAUCUGUUCAACUUGAAAGCUCGCCUCCGGAAGUUUCCCAGGUUCAGGUUGAAGCUCAAGCUCCUGAGACCUCUAGUGUGAACAUUGUAUCGUAGGUGUAUCAUGUGGUUACCACUUUUGCUACGAAAACAUAGCAAAGAAGUUUAUUUUCUGUCAAUAGUAUGAGUCAGUGUAUACACAACUAAUGGUUAAUGGAUGCAAAUGUUUUUGUUGAACAUCAUUCUUGGUAUGCCACUGCUACCAACUGAAAGUGUGUUUAUCUUUUGUAGGGGAAAGUGAUGAUAUUAGUUUCAGUUUUUUAUACAAUCCUCAAAAUAGUGAAACCACAUUGGAAAUUUUA